AUGAAUAGACUCAAUUCUUAACCUAAAACAAAUAAUUAAGGUCGUAUGACACCAAUUGAAUAUAUGAUUCAUAAAAACAUUCCUAUACCUAAUAAAGCUAAAUAUCCUCAUGCAGAUUCAGAGGCUAAAAUACAUAAAUCUGAGAUUAUUCACUAUAAUAACACCACUAAUAGUCAAUCCAAUACUUCUGAGGCAAUUAAUCUAUAAAAAAUUAUCGAAGAAAAGAAUAGAGAAAUCGAAUUUCUAAAAUAAACAGAAAUUUAAAGUAAAAUGUUAACUGCUUAAUUCUAAGAAAUGAAUCACAAUCAUUAAUAAGAACUUAAGAAAAUGUUAGAUUAAAUUCAAAAUUAUAAAUAACGAACUGUUGAUCUAAACAACUAAGUUGAUCAAUAUAUUAUGGAACUCAAUAAAUCAAAUUUAAAAUAUUAAGAAUGUUGUAAAGAAAGAGAUGAAUACCUUAAAAAUUACAGAGAAUACUCAUAAGAUUAUGAUAUACUCAAAAUGUAAUUAUAAGGUAAAGAUACUGAAAUUUAAUCAUUAAAAGAAAGAAUUUAAAAUAUGGAACAUAAUCAUUAAUAAGAGUUAACUCAAUAUUCAUAAACUAAUGAAUAUUGGAAAAGAUCAUUAAUGGAUACAUAAGUCAGAGAAAUAACAUAGUAAUUUAAUUAAGAUAGAAUUUAAUCUGAUUUGAAAAUUAAAAAUUUAGAAAAUAGGAAUGUUGAAUUAGAAAAUAAAUGCGUUUUAUUAGCUUAAGAAAUGGAAAGAAUGCGUUUCAGAGAUUUGGAAUAAAAUAAGAUCAUUACCAAAAAUUUAUAAAAUGAAAAUAAUGAAUUAAAAUCUUAAAUUGAAGAAAUGAUGUAAUUUAUGUCUAGAUAUGAAGAGUAAAUUAAUUAGAUAGAAUAAAGAGAUGAUUUAGAAUAAUAAGAUAGAAUGAGAAUUGUUGUGUUAAGUUCUGAGAUUGAAAGACUUUAAAAUGUAUUAGAAGAAUAAGAAUAAAAGAGUUAAUCUUAUUUCUCAUAGAUCUAGAAAUUAGAAUAAUUUGAAAUACAAUUUAAAUUGUUACAGGAAUAAUAACAAUCAUAUAAUCAAUUAAAAUAAUAGUUGUAAUAAGAAGUUGCAAAGAAUCAGAAUUCUCAACAAAACUUUGAAUAUUUAUAAUAGGAAUGGACUGAGAGAAAUUAAGAAUUAUAAGAUAAAUGUGCUAUGCUUACAACUGAACUUGAAAGAUUAAAUUUAUUGAUGAGAGAUAAUGAUAGUUAUAGUAGAGACUAUUAAUAGAAAAUUGAAAGACUAUAGGAAUAAGUGAUUGAUCAAACUUCAAUAAUUGAUUAAAAAUGCAAUCAAAUAUUAUAAUUGGAAAUGGAGAUAGGUAAUUAUUAAUAGGAAUUAAUGUUGCUAAAUAGUGAUAAUGACAAUCUUAAUAUGAGGAUUACUUAAUUAGAGGAAGAAAUGGAAGAGAUUAAAGAAUAAACUUCAUAGUAGUAAGAUAGGAAAUCAUAAGAGGUUAAGUAAUAAAUUGAUCAUUAUGCAAGUGAGUUGAAUAGAAUAACUUAAAACAAUAAUUAAAUCAAUCAAGAUAAAGAAGAGUUAUAGAAAGAAUUAGAGAAGACUAAUAGAGAAUAUAAAGUUGUAAUUUUCAGCUGUCAAUAAAAAGAUAUUCAAAUAAAGGACUUGCAAGAUUAGAUGUAAUUAAUAUAAGAGAAACAUUAAUUUGAAAUUAGUGAUUUAAAAAAAUAAGGAGAAUAUUUGAGAAGGUCAGUACUUGAUUAAUAAAUAAAAGAUUUAACUUAAAAGUUUAACAAUGAUAAAUAAGCUCUUGAAAUUUAGAAUAGAUAAUUGUAGCAACAGAAAUAGUAGGUUGAUUUAUAAAAUUCAUAGUUGUAAUAAAAAGUAUCAGAAUUUUAAUACAUAAUAGAAGAUUAAUUAGAGGUUUAAAAAUAAAAAUUGUAGGCAAGUGAGAAAGAAAGAAUUAAUUUGUUAUAGGAGAUAAAAGAUUAUUAAAUGGAAUUGUAAAUGGUUUCAAACGAGAAAUAGAAAAUGAAAGAAGAUUUCUUAAAAGAAAGAACAAGAAUAUUAGUUUAUGCAACUGAAAUUGAGAGAUUAUGGAGUGUAAUUGAAGAUUUGACAAAUUAAAUUAAAUAACUUGAAGAAUCUGCAGAACUUCAAAAUGAGAAAAUAUAACAAUUUACAUUGACAACACAAUAAUAUCAUAAUACAAUAUACUAAAUGGAGUAGGAGAAGUAAAAUUAUGAAAGAGAAAAUAGUUUGAAUGAAUAGAAUUUAGAAAAUAAAUUGAUAAUAAUGACAAAUGAAUUGGAUAGAACAAAAAAUUAAUUAUUUGAAGAGUAGAGUAAAGUAUAUGAAUAAGAAAUAAAAUAGAAAUAAUUAUUAUAAGAGAUAGAAGAGUUAUAUUAAUAAAUGGAAUAAUAUUAAUCAGAAAUAACAAUAAUGUAAAAGAAUGGUUUGGAAGUGGGAGAUUUGGAGACUAAAUUUUAAGCAGAACGAAUGAAUUGGGAAACAUAAAAAUAUUAAUUAACAAAUUAAAUUUAAGAUUAUGAAUAGAGAAUACUUGUAUUAAGUUAAGAGAUAAAGAGAUUAGUUACAAUAGGAGAUGAAAGACUACAUGAGAUUGAGGAAUUAAGAUUCAGAUUCAGAGAUGCUUAAUUAUCUGAAAAUUAUGAAUAAUUAAAGACAGAAUAUGAUAUAUUAGAAUAAUAAGUAAUGGAAUUAGAAUAGAAUAAUUUGAAAUUAAAAUCUUAAACUUAAACUUUAGAAAAGCAGAUUAAAUUAUUGGAAUUAUCAUUAUAAGAUAAAUCAAAAGAAGUAGAUGAUAUAUAUAAUUUAAUGAAUAAAUAAAGAAGAUAAAAUGAGUCUACUAGUAAGGAUGCAGAAAAUAAUAGAAGAAUAUAAUAAUAGUUGCAAUAAGCGAUUUCAACAUUGGAAUAGUAAAAUCAAUUAUUAAAAGAGUAGUUGUAAACAAUUGGCAAUGAAAAUCAAAGCUUGUAACAAUUAAUUAAUUAAUAAUAGUUAAUAAUAAAUCCAAUAUAUGUAGAAUAGUCUUCAUGAGAGAGAUUAGAUGAUUUAAAAGAAAGGUAAUGAAUUGACUGAGAAGAUUAAAGAAAUAGAUUCUCUAAAAGUGAAAUAUGAGUAAAAAAUGAAUAAUUCCACUAUGCAAACAACUAUAAUAAGAGUAACAUAAAUUUUAAUUUUAGAAUUCCUCAUUGUCUAGAUAAAUAAAUAAGACUGAAUAAGAGAACAUAAUUAAUGAAUCAAUAGUUAAAACAAAGAAUUCUUCUAAUUAAAUACCAAUGAGACCAUCAAGAUAAGUGAUGUUACAAAUUAAUGCAGAUCUAAAUAAUUAGUAGGAAUGA